AUGGUCAUUUUAAAACAUAACAUGCUCAGUAUUGUAGCUCGUUCAGCUAUGGAAAGAAUCAAGGAAUCCAGCAGGAUUCAUGCACACAACUGCAAGAUUCCGAAGAAGUUUGGAGAGACAGGUUUCACAACAGAUACUCCAGCAAAGUUUACCAGAACCCAAGAAGAUGAAGACAAGGCAAAAUUUCUAGUGCUUGAUCUUCGAUGCGGGGAGAUCUGUCGAACAGAUCUGGACUGCGUUGGCAUGAUAGAUGGUUUGAAUAACGAGGGUUCAAUAACGUCUGCACUUAGGAGACACUCAUAUGUGCGGCAUUCUGGUGAGAGCUCGCCGAGCCGCAGAGCUGCUGAUCUCCUCCGUAGCAGGGGACCCAGUGGUACACCCGCACCAGAGCACGCGGAGGUUCGCUACCUGCGAGAGGCUGCCCGGGAUGAGAAAGUGAUCCCGUCCCUGAGGAGCUCUGCCAUGAUCAUGUUUGCUCAGUAUGUGCAAGGAGGCACGUUUGGCAAAGCAGUUAAAAUGGCUGAAGACGUCACAGACCUUGCCAAAAGAUGCGCUGCUGCAGCCAGAGACAACCCGGAUUGUCUGAAGCCUUUGGACAGCAUUUUCCUCGAUACAAUAUGCCAGGAGGAAAAUCUUCCCACAUUUACCGACUGCUGUGCUAAACAGGAUCCUAAAAGAAAUGACUGCUUCCUUUCCCUCAAAAAUUCGAGAGGGUUCAUUUCUCCUUUUGAAAGGCCAAAUGCUGAAGCCGCCUGCAAAAAUCAUUCGCAGCAUCAACAUUCAUUACCAGGAUAUUUUAUCUACGAGGUUUCCCGAAGGCAUCCUUUCCUCUACGCCCCAACGAUCCUUUCUGUCGCUCUCCGGUACGAGGAGAUGAUGAAGAACUGCUGCGGAAGCGCGGAAGACCCCACUCAUAACCUGGAGGAAUGCUUUCGGAGACAGGUACCCAAGGUGGUGAAGCCAGUAAAAGAAGAUGGCCUAAGGCAGGAACACACGUGUGGAAUCUUGAAGAAGUUUGGAGAAAGGACCUUAAAGGCUCUGAAACUUGCUCAGAUAAGCCAAAAAUUCCCUAAAGCUGAUUUUAUUACCGUUACCAAACUUGUGAUGGAUGUUGCUAACAUGCACAGGGACUGCUGUCGUGGAGAUAUGCUGGACUGCAUGCAUGACAGGGAAAAGAUCCUACACUAUGUCUGCACCAACCAAGACAUCAUAUCAAGUAAAAUUAAGAAGUGCUGUGAAAAGCCUCUGUUGCAAAGAAGCGAAUGCAUAGUUAAUGCAGAAAAUGAUGACAAACCUGCAGACUUGACCCCUCACGUCAGGGAGUUCAUAGAAGACAAGGGAACAUGUGAACAUUUUGCCCAGGAAAAAGAUACACACUUAGCCAGGUUUCUCUACGAAUAUUCCAGGAGACACCCUGAAUUUUCUGCUCAGAUGCUUUUAAGAAUUGGUAAAGGAUACGAGGACCUACUGAAAGAGUGCUGCAAAGCCGGUGCUCCAGAUGACUGCUGCAGCAGAGGGGAGGACGAACUGAAGAAACAUAUUUACGAAACUGAAAGCGUCAUGAAGACAAGCUGUGACAUCUACAAGGAGAAGGGAGAUUACUACUUCCAAAACGAGUAUUACUUCUUUAUAUACUUACAGCUGAUAAAAUUCACCAAGCAAAUGACUACAAUCGGCUCCAAAUGCUGCCAGCUGAGCCAGGACAAGCUACUGCCUUGUGCUGAGGAAAACGUGAGCUUUCUUCUGGAUCUUGUGCUUGGAGAAAUCUGUAGAAGACACCUGACCAACCCUAUAAACCCAGGAGUUUGCCACUGCUGUAGUAGCUCCUAUGCUUUCAGGAGGCCGUGCAUGGGGAAAUUAGAAACUGAUGAGAAUUAUGUGCCCUUAUCAUUGACUCCUGGUCUGUUCACUUUCCGUGAAGACUUGUGUACGACUGAAGAGGAAAAGUUACAGCACAAGAAGCAGGAACUUGGCAGGACUAACGCUUGAGAAGCUUGUGCUUACCUGCCAGCUUCACAGGGCUUGCUUUCCUAUCCUUGCAGGAUGCUCAUCAACCUCAUCAAAUACAAGCCCCAGAUCACACAGGGACAGCUGACUUCAGUCACGGCCGCCUUUACUGCCAUGAGGGAACGGUGCUGCAAAGAGGAAAACCGUGAGGCCUGUUUUGCGAAAGAGGUAUCGCUUCUAUUCUCACCCGUACGUUCUGAAUCGGAACCUAAACGCGGAGUAUACGCAAGAGUAAAUUUCCGCAUUAAGCGGCAAAAGCAAAGCCUGGCUAGCCAGAAUUCCUGCAGUUGCAUUUCCGAAGACAAACUUUAUUGCCUGUGCAAGCGGGUGCGUGUACCAGUUGAAUAA